AUGGCAGGCUUCUUCCGUCGCCUCUACGAUUGGCUCCUGCGCCUCUUCUGGGCCACCGAGAUGGACAUCACCAUGAUCGGGCUGCAAAACGCCGGCAAGACGUCGCUGCUGAGAGUUCUGGCGGGAGGAGAGUUCACCAUCGACUCCAUUCCGACGGUUGGAUUCAACAUGAAGCGUGUCCAGAAAGGGCAUGUUACAUUGAAGUGCUGGGACCUCGGAGGCCAGCCCCGGUUCCGGUCCAUGUGGGAGAGGUAUUGUAGGGGUGUGAAUGCGAUCGUAUUCAUUGUCGACUCGGCGGACAAGGAGGCGCUCCCGGUAGCACGUGAGGAGCUCAAACUGCUGCUUGAGAAGCCUGCCUUGGAGGGCAUUCCUCUCCUGGUACUUGGCAACAAGUCGGACCUCCCGGACAAGCUAUCAGUCGACGAUCUGAUCGAAGCCCUCAACCUCAAGGCCGUGACGCACCGGGAGGUCAGCUGCUACGGCAUCAGCGCCAAGGAAGAGACCAAUCUGGAUGCCGUCCUCCAGUGGUUGAUUGCGCGGUCCAGCAAAUGA